AUGGCUUUCGCCAAAAUCCACCUAGCUCUUCUCAUUGUCUCAAUCUCAAUACUCUUGGCACCAACCACCCAUGCCCUCUUCGCACCAAUCACCCAUGCCGUUGGCCGUGGCGGCCAUCUCGCUACCCAAACUCAUAUUUUUAAAAUGUGCAAACCUACCUCCUAUCCAUUGCUAUGCUACAAAACACUCUUACCAAAAGCAUUGGUAACUCCUAGAUUCAACAUCCACAGAGCCCUAGAGGUUGAGGUCCAAGCUGCACAAACACAAGUCAUUAAAACCGUCACUAGCAUUGAAACCCAUCUUUCGAAACCAGGAACCAGCAAGGACACUGUUGAUUGCCUAGUUAUUUGGUUUGAAGAAAGUGAGAUUACUUCACCAAUUGCUGAUGAUGCUAAAGCUGUUAAUGAUCUUAGUACAAAUUGUUUGGAUUUAGCGAAAGCCAUUGUAAAUAAGAGUGGAAAAGUUAGGUCUGCUUAA